UCUAAUUCCAGCUUCUAAAAUGCGAAUAUUUUCUGUUUUCUUAAGUCAUCUAUGAAACUAAACUAGAUAAGCUAUCUUUGGGUUGUUGAGUCUUGGAUGGGACAAAACAAGAUAUUUAAGGACGUCAUCACCAUUUUCUGACAUUCUAUAAACCGAACAACUAAUCCAUUAACUUUGAAAAUAAUCAACAGAUUAAUCGAUAAUUAAAAUAAUCGUUAGUUGCAGCCCUGGCAUCAACAAGGAGGAACUCCGGUCACAGGCAACAAGGAUAUGAUGGACAUUAGGGCUGAAAUACUAAAACCUAUAACGCGUGGACCAAAAAUGUGAAUUAGCUAAAUGUACAUGGUUUGGAUUGCUUUUCCUUGAGGCGCCUCUAGUUUUGCCUCUGGGAAUCCAACGACAAAAUACUUUAGAGUAUCCUCUAAAAAAGAUCAAUUAUUGUCAGACUAUUUAAAUCAUAUUCAUUUUCUUUGGCUAAAUGGAAGAAAAAACAUCACAAACGCCGCCGGCUUUGUAACAUGGCCAGCUACUGUUGAAAGAAUAACUGUAACAGGAUCCAACGCCCUACGUUAUCAUUAUUUAAUGAUUUAUUACUGGACACAUAGGCGCACGAGACACGUCAUUUGAUUCAUAGUUCUACUUUACCGCAAUUCGCAAAGGAUCAACCAAUAAUUGGAUUUAAACAGGAGAGUUUAUUAGUGUAUUUUAAUUUAGGAUGAGGAGGAGGGGUGAUAGUAUUGACUUGUAAUAGGAGCCAUAUGUUCCGUCCUCUUGCGGCUGACGCAACGCUGUCUGUCCAGCGGCGGCUCACGUGGUCUCUGAGCAAAGCGACAUUAAUUACUACUCACACACACUUUACUUUGAGUCAAAAUGGCGGAGGGUUUCACUCUGCUGCUGUCUGGGAUGCUGCUAUGUGGCCUGCUUCUGCACAUGGUGUCCCAGCAUGGAGUUGAUAAGCCCAGCAAGAAGCCCAAUUUCAUCAUCAUACUGGCCGAUGAUAUAGGCUGGGGUGACCUGGAUGCUAACCAGCCUGAAGAGAAGGCAAACAAUACACCUUACCUCAACAUGAUGGCCCAGCAAGGACUAAGAUUGACAGACUUCCACUCUCCAGCCUCAACCUGCUCUCCAUCCCGUGCUGCCAUCCUGACCGGACGCUAUGGCUUAAGGAACGGGGUGACUCAUAACUUUGCUGUGCGCUCUGUGGCCGGUUUGCCUCUGUCUGAAGUUACCUUGCCCCAGCUACUACAGAAGGCAGGAUAUUACACCGCCAUGAUCGGGAAAUGGCAUCUUGGCCAUAAUGGACCAUAUAGUCCUACUAAAAGAGGGUUUGACUACUACUUCGGUAUUCCUUACAGUAAUGACAUGGGCUGUACUGAUAUACCUGGAUAUAAUCUACCACAGUGCUUCCCCUGUGACUCAUCUGGACCUCAAGUGAUCAGAUUGAAGAGACAUGUACCUGGAGGCUGUUAUUCCAAAGUGGGCCUUCCUCUGAUUGAAAACAUCAGUAUUGUGGAGCAGCCUCUUGACCUGUGGACUCUAACAGAACAGUACAAAUCUGCUGCACUCAGAAUCAUACACAACGCGAGGGAGCGAGAGCAGCCCUACCUUCUCUACAUAGCGUUGGCUCACAUGCAUGUUCCCUUGGCCCCUCCACUCCCUCCAGACACCCCCUCCAUUGCCCAUAACCCACAUGACAGCAGAGUGUACACUGCCAGCCUGCGAGAGAUGGACAGCCUGGUGGGGGCGGUAAAGAGCGCUUCUGAUGACACGGACAAAGACAAUACUCUCAUCUGGUUCACCGGUGACAACGGUCCUUGGGAACAGAAGUGUCAAUAUGCAGGAAGUGUAGGACCUUUCGAAGGAAAGUGGCAGAGCAGCAGAGGUGGGGGUUCAGCUAAGCGGACCACCUGGGAAGGAGGUCACAGGGUGCCAACGGUGGCCUAUUGGCCUGGUGUAAUCCUUGCAAACACCACCAGCGCUGCCCUGCUCAGUGGUAUGGACAUUUUCCCAACCCUUCUGUCCCUGGCAGGGGUAACACCGCCCUCAGACAGAGGUUACGAUGGCAUUGAUGCCACAAAUAUCCUCCUGCGUGGUGAACAGACUGGUCACGAGUUUCUCUUCCACCCUAACAGUGGUGCUGCAGGGAAGUUUGGUGAUCUGCAGGCAGUCCGAGCAGGGAAAUACAAAGCGUUCUACAUCACAGGUGCAGCUGAAGCAUGUGGUGGUGCAACAGGAACUCAGCAGCUCCAUGACCCGCCGUUGAUAUUUGAUCUGGAACAUGACGAGGCCGAGGAAACACCCCUGGAUGUCGGGACACUUGAAUACCAGGCGGCUGCAGAGAGGAUCACCCGCAGGAGGGAGGAGCUAUUAUGGGACAUUGCCACCGACAAGUCUGUGUCCGCAGCAGACUACACCACCGACGAGUCAGCAGCGCCCUGCUGUGACCCGACACAAGCUGUUUGCCGCUGCCGCACGCUGGGCUGAGGGUGGGAGGACACACACGCAUGAACACUCACACAAAAGGCCGAAAGAGAAGCACGCAGAUGUAAGCAAACAGAUGUAGAGACAAAUAUCUCCUUUGGACGUGCUCGGCUGUUUGUUUGUUGAAUGUGUUGUUUGGGAGGUUCAAUGUCCAGAUGCUGCAGAUGUGCAAACAGGCAUAAACUUUGGACAGAUAGUAGAAGGUCAGAGUGAGGUCAAUAACUUGGGAAAAAUAAGAUAUAUCAAACCAUGAGACAGUAAAGAAAAGCUACAAUUUAUGGACCAGUUUGUUGCAGUGUAAUUCAAUAUAAAAACAUGUUUGUUGAACAUACUUAAACCACUUAAAUGUCCAAAAGCCUUGUUAUUAGUUGUUAGAUGUGUGAUGACAUAGGAUUUAAACGUGAAUUAUUUUUCCACCAAAACUACACACAGCAGAGGUUGAAUUACUUCUCAGCUUUAAUGAGUCUCUGAUGUCCAGUAUUGAACAGCUCAAUGCAGUGUGAGGGUGUCCUAAAAGCGCCACCUUUUGGCAACUCAAUGGUAUUACUGUACCAUGUUACUUAUUACAACAGUAAUAUAUAUAAAUGUUAUAUAUACAUUAUACACACAGUAAAAAUCCUCAAUAUAUAGUUACGCACGGUAAGUCUAUGCGUUGAUGUGUAAUACUUAAAACAUUUUCAAAAAGAAUACAGCAAAGUAAAAAUAACCAUGACUUACAUGUUAACAUAUUCAGCAUCAUGUAGCAAAUAAAAAGGUCUUCAGGAUAUCACUGAAAGUCAAGGACCUGUAACUUUGUCACGUACAGCUCACCAUCGAGCAAUUCACAUUUAGCUGUUGACCGCUCCUCCCACAGAGCCAACUCUGCCAGAUAUAUUAUCAGGUUACAUUUGUGACUCCGCAGGUUUUUAGUCUCAUCUACUGCUACCAUAAUUAGUAUCACAGCUGCAUCUUCAAGUCAUGUAAUACUUACUGCAUGUAUUAUGAUUUAAAUAGUGUUAUCACACUUGUAAAGUAUCUUCCUUCACCUGAACUUGUGCCUCUCUCUCUUGAGGUGUGACAUUUAAUGCCCAUUUAUUGAAAUAUGACAGAUCUUCAGAUGCUAAUUCCUAAGACAUGUAAGUGAAAGAAAACAAGAUGUCUUCUUCAGAGAUUAGACUUAUUUCUUCAGGGCUGCUACCAUGAUAAUAUUAUGCAACAGUUAUGUCACUGUGUUGUCAAUGGUU